AUGACCUCUCUUACCGUCGUGUCCGACGUGGCGAUUCCUGCGCCAGCGUCCGGCGUCAUCGCGGACACACCCCACCAACCCAACCCGGACAUCGAACCGCCACUCGACACGCCGUCCAAAGAUCUUGAAACUGGCGGUGCAGCGUCCCUCGUGCGGGUGAAAGCUGGUCCGAAGCGCACGUCGAUCUGGGAUGGGAUGGUCUUGAUGAUCACGCCUGCCACGAACGAAGAGUCAAAGGCCCAAGAAUGGGCCCUUCAAGCCAAGACUGUCCGCCGACGACUCUUCCUCAUGGGGUUCCUCGCCGUCGCCGUGGUCGCUGUCACCAUUGGGCUUUCGAUAGGGCUCACAGGUGGAAACGUUGGCGACGCGUCCACGUCGUCUGGAACCGACGGACAGCAGCCACUGGCUAACGCCAUCACCGACACCUCGCCUGACCGCCGGCGCACCGACGCCCCCACGUCCGAUUCAAAUCCAAAUGACCCAACCACCCCCAUCAACCACGCGCCCACUACCGGCGAACCUUUCGCCAAUGUCGAUCCGACGCCCUCGACAGCAACAGCCGCGCCCAUGACGACGACGGUUGCCCCGACAACGACCCGUGCACCAACCACAACAACUACGACGACAGUCCCACCUGCCUCCCUGGACCAAAUGCUCAACUUUGUCAACCGAUGCACGUACCCCAUCAGCGUGUUCAAGGUCGAUCGAUUGCUCUGCACGCUGCAGCCGAAUGGCCAGUGCGGCGACACCCUCAUCGACCGCGAGCACACGAUGUACCGUCACACGAAAGCCGCCGACGCGACGCUUGUUGAAGUCACGUUCGCCGACCGCAAGCUUUGGUACGACAUCAGUGCGAUCCCACCGGGGUGCGGCAACGGCAUGAGCUAUGCUGAAUGCGUCCGGAAUUCUGGUGGGGCCAUCGGGUACAACGUCCCCGUGUCUGUCUUCCCGACCAAGUACGACGGAAACCCACGCAAAGGCAACUGCCACCAGGUCACGUGCACCCAGCCCGCGUGUCCGGACGCGUAUUUGUACCCGUUCGACGACUGGAAGAUGAAGGAUUGCCCCGACGACGAAGUCUUUCUCGUCACAUUUUGUCCCUAA